CCUUGAUCGGCACACUUCGUCGUGCAUCCGCCUCCUUCCAUCUCAUUGUGUUUUGUUGUUGAGCUCUGUCAUUCUAGCUAGCUAGACUAGAGAGACCAAAGAGACUACCAAGUCUGCGAGGAUCCGGAGGCACCAUUGUUAGCUUGAAGAUUGGACUUCUUUAUUUGAAUUAAUUAUACAUAUCGACGCGACAAUGUCAGCUACCACCGACCAACCUGACCAUGCUACUUCGGCAGAUCCAGAUCAGGUCCAUCCACUCCCCGAAUCGAUUCCCAAAUUAUUGACUCGAUCGUUUCUGGUAUUGUCGGUUCCUACCGAUGCCUGGGUCCAACUAUUUUCGGAUCGAAUUGUCUUUGGGGUGAGUCAAUUGGAUGGCAAGAUUGGGACGUAUCUGCUGUGCGAGGCCGUCACAACGGAAGCCAAUCUGCGACAAACCGAGUAUCACUUGUCGACACUUCUGGGGAGCCGGUCGGAUGAUUCCAUGGGGGGAGUGUAUGCACGGACACUGCACGAGCGAUUGCGGGGAAUUAAUAAUAUUGCAAUCAAUAAUAAGCCACCCGUGAUUCUGUUGGGCAUUGCAUUGGACAAAGACAAGGGCAACGAUCCCAAAAUGUUCAAGCUCCUCGUGGAUCUGCUGGUCGACAUGUAUGUGGAUGCCAUACAAGAGAAACCCGAAUAGAAAAGGCACGACAAUCCAAUCAAUCAAUCAAUCAAUCAUGAACUUUAAUUUUGGCUUGAUCAUUGGUACUAAAAUUGGAAAGCAUUUCUAAUGUCCAUAAAGAGCCAUAGAAACCGACUAUUUGAAGCAGGAAUGCUUUGUUCUGGGGAGUAGCUACAGUAGUUCUCUCUUUCGUCGUUACGAUAAUGACACUUCUC